AAUCGAUUCCUGCAGCCGGCUUUAACAAGGACGUGUAAUCGAGCCCGGCGUCAGUGAUUCAAAAAUGGCGGACCCCAAACAAGCUAAUCAGAAAAGUGUUAAAAUAGCUGCUGGGGCAGUGGUGUGUGUGGAGAGUGAAAUAAGAGGCGAUGUCACCAUUGGGCCGAGGACGGUGAUCCACCCGAAAGCCCGGAUUAUUGCAGACGCUGGUCCCAUCAUUAUAGGAGAAGGCAACUUGAUAGAAGAGCAAGCACUCAUCAUUAACGGUUAUCCUGAGAACAUCAUGCCUGACACAGAGGGAUAUGAGCCGAAGACCAUGACGAUAGGCACCAACAACGUUUUUGAAGUCGGCUGUGUCUCCCAGGCGAUGAAAAUUGGAGACAACAACGUCAUUGAGUCCAAAGCCGAUGUGGGGCGUAACGUGAUUUUGACGAGCGGCUGCAUCAUAGGUGCGUGCUGUCGGCUUAACACGUCUGAGGAGAUUCCAGAGAACACAGUCAUCUACAGCUCCAGCUGCAUGAGGAGAGUACAGACUGAGAGACCACAGCCUCAGACUCUGCAACUGGACUUCCUAAUGAAGAUUUUACCCAACUAUCACCAUCUGAAGAAGACACAGAAGAUUAACCCGACUCCUGCACGCACCUGAAAUCAUUCCGCAUCACAGUUUUGCUCUUAGCGCUAACAAAAAAAAACAGUGCUCAUCUCUUUUUUCUCUCUCUCUCUCUCUCUCUCUCUCUCUCUCUCUUGCUGUUUACCUUACAUUACACCAUAAUGCUCACUACAGUCCAAUAACUAUCAAUUAUGUACCAUCAUAUAAAAAUGUAAUUAUUUAUUGUCCGAUAUUAAAGGCUUUCUCCUUUAGGAGUUCUGACAAGA